AAGAUUUUCCGCAUCUUAGAUCAGGGUGCCUUUGAGCUGGUGUCCGAGUGAACCCGGGCUUAGAGUGUCUGGAGUGUUAGCUAAAGCAGGAGCUACAUAAGAACUCAGAAAUUCGCAUUAGAAGGUCUCAACCCCCCAGCUUGCAGACAUCAUUAUCGUUGAGUGAAUUAUUUUAUUCCCCGACUUGACUGGCGGAGUAACCGGCAGCUAAUGUGCUGUCCGCGUUGCCAAAAAACGAUACCCAAACCUUCCCAACCUGGCGGAUGGCAUCUCGAAGAUUAGCGUGUCACUUACGAGCGGACAAGCAAUCUGCUUGAUAGAACUAAGGAUAUUCCCAAAGAAGAACAUAGGAUCAUUCGGAAUUCAGGGACCUUCUUGAUAACGAUGCGAGCCUCCGAGCCUCCGAGCCUCGCUACUAGAGGAAUGUUUGACGAAAUACCCCAUCAGUUAAGGCCAAAUACGGACAAAGAAUCACGUAUCAAGUACAAUGUCGGGAAUUGUGCCUUGUUGCUCCGCAGAUUGCCAGAGGGCAAGCGGCCUGUUGCGCGAUCGCAUUCUGACCCAGCUAAAGACACGAUCAUUAUCAAUGCUUGCGAGUCUAGUUCCUAAGCAACAUAGCUGAACGUUCGCGAUCAUCGAUUUGAUGAAUCCUCAGCAAAAAGCCUCCCAAUUCGAGCACGGCACAAUCUUUCAGGCAUUUCUCAACACGGGAGGCUAUCAUCGCUGGCACGGUCCGGUGGAUGUGGUAAUAAAACAAGGCCGUCAUAGUUCGGGAGCAUACUGUUCGGGAAUUCGCCCUCACGCUGCCUCGGACCCUUCAGUGCCAGGGAACACCCAGCAUCUCGUCGCUUCGAUGGCGAUACGGGCAUUGAUUUUCAUCAAGGCCAAGAUUAUUGUCGUCGGAGUGGAUGUUAUCCAGUUGUCAAAUCACGGUAGUCGAGGGGUAAGAGGUCGCAAAGGGACAAGAUAUCGGGAUGUUCCACCAGGGAGGCAUAGCUCAUUGCUUGCUCCUCUAGCUUGGCGUGGGUAAGCUGGGAGGGACGACCAUUAGGGGAGCCGGUUAAGGUGAACAGCGCGUUUGCUUCUGUGGAGGAGUGGGAGUUCGACUACAGCCAGCAUUUCGGGGGCGCGUGUUUUUCGGCCGUAUAUUUGACUAGUAGUUGAAAUAUGAGCUAUCUUAAUUUCUCAGUCGAGUAAUUAGCGAGCAGAAUAAUUGCCGCCUUGGGGUUCCAUGGCUUACCUGUAUU